AUGAAUUCACCUUCCAUAUCGAAAGGAGCUACUGGACUCACAGAUGUGUUGGGGCGCAUCAUCAAGUUUCUGAAAGAUAUCCAAAGCACAGUUGCAUCUGCUCAGACAGAAGCUGGCAACUUGGCUGUGGAGGUGGAAUCAUUGAAGAACAUAGUUGUUGCGGUUCAGGGGGCUUUUGAGAAGAACACCCCAGUGCGCGAGACCAUAUCGCAUUCGAUUGUUAGCCUCCUUGACCAGCUAUGGAAGGAUUGUAAACAAAACCUCGCUACAUGCCAGCAAGCCGCGAUGCAGCUUGAAGAGAUUCUUCAUGCCGUUUGGGGCGAAAUCGGCCUUGAUAGUACUGGAAAGCUGAAUAGGCCAAGUAAAGUACUCGUCAGCCGCGACAAGCCUGGCGAGCUUCAGAUGCUCCGUGAUAACCUCUCCAUUGAAAAGCAAAAUCUGAAGGUUUUGCUUACUGGAAUUGGCCUCUACGAACACAAAGCCUCUCAGGACACAUUUGAUCAAAUAUCUGCCGACAUGCGCUCACUUAACAGGAAACUUGAAGCAGAGAUUGUGACACUGGAGAGCCAAUUGGAAAUUGGUAUUGAGUCUUACUUGGACAAAUACUCACAAAAGCUGGCGACCAUCGUCAGACUUAAACAGUUUCGAACUUCCGUUGAUUCUGUGGCGAAUUUUGUGUCUGUCAUCAGGCCAAAUGUAUUUUUCAAUAUUCCUCAGCCUACCUAUGCUGAAAUCGCGACGCAAGUGAGGCUAGAGCCAAAUCAUCAUGCUGCAAUGCAUUGGCUCUCUAGCUGCAAAGAGCGAUGGCUUUUGAUAAUCGAUAAUGCUGAUGAUCUGAGCAUCAAACUUGACGAUUACUUCCCAGAAAGAGAUCGAGGGAAUAUUCUCAUCACCACCCGCAACCCAGCUCAAAAAGUAUAUGGUAACCUUGAGUGUGGCUUUUUUGACUUCGAGGGAAUGGAUAAAGAGGAAGCAACCUUUCUUCUCUUACGUUCAGCAAUGUUACCAGAGCCAUGGGACGCUGAUACAUUGGCAUCAGCUACAAAGAUAACCGAACAACUUGGACGCCUUGUAAUUGCUAUAAUUCAUGCCGGUGCCACAAUUAGGAACGGCCUGUGUACGCUGAAGGAUUACUUGGGUUUCUAUGACAAGGACUGGGGUCGUAUUCGCCGCACGCGGAGACCACAUCACCCCAGUGAAUAUUACGAGAAGUACCUGAGCGCGUAUGCUACGUUCGAGCUUGUCUAUUGCAGUCUCGAACAGAGAAGAACAGAAUCUUCGGAGGACGCGAUUCAACUACUCAAGAUGUUUUCUUUUCUUUACUUUAAAAAAAUCCGGUUCGAUAUUUUGAGGAAAGCUAUCACCAACCUCCAGAUUGAGAAAGCUCAACAGGAAGAGGCAGAUCAAGAGAAAAAGAGUCGGCCGUUGGCAUGGAAUCAGAGAUACAAUGACUUACGGCUCUCUAUACUGGGCUUCAUCGCGCAUAACCGUGGCCCGCCUGCGUUGCCUUCCUUCAUACGGGAAGGCCGAGAGUUAGGGGUUCUUGACGAGCCAAGGGUACGCUACGCGCUGAGUGAACUUAUCCAAGUGUCUCUUAUUACGCAUCAUGAAGCCAAUGACAGCUAUUCGAUCCACCCUCUAUUACACAUAUGGGUGCGGCAGAGGCCUGGUAUGAGUACAUCGGAACAGGCUGUCUGGUCACAGGCUGCAGCUACAACACUCGCUCACUCAAUCCUUCUCCCGCCUCUUGGUGAUAAUGAAGCUGAUGAGCUUUUCCGAAAGGAUAUCCUCCCACAUGUCGAUCAUGUUCGGAGCUGCCAGGAAGUUGUGGAGCGCAAAAUCUUGGAGAAUAGGAAAAGUCGCUGGCCAAGACUUAAUGACUGGCCCGGGACAGGAUCAAGGUUCGGUCAAGCACAGGUAGUCCUCUACGUCAAGUUCAGUCUCGUGUAUGCCCAGAAUGGACGUUGGGAAGACGCCGAGGAGCUUCAGCUGGCAGCAAAAAGAUAUACAGAAAGCGUCCUUGGGCUAAAUCAUUCUGUCACUCGACGCAUAACGCUAGCCUUGGUAGGCACAUAUUGGAAUCAAGGCCGCGGAGACGAGGCAGCGAAUCUACAAGAUGCAGUUGCGAAGGCAUCCAUCGCCUCAUUAGGACCUGACAACGCUGAAAUGCUGAUGACAAUGGACCUCCUCGGUCGGACAAGAUGGCAGCAAGGACGGUACACCGAAGCUAGGGUUCUUCACCAACAGGCUCUUGAUGGCCUGAUCAGGCUGCAUGGCACGGCACAUAAGGAUACUCUAACCGCGAUGUGUAGCCUCGGCCAAACGCUUGCCAAGUUGUACGACUUAGACGAAGCGAGCCGUUUCCUCCAGGAAGCUUUCGACGGUAUGUGUGCCAUACUCGGUCCCACGCAUCUCAAUACCUUGGCUGCGAAAGAAUACUUGGCAAUGGUCAUCCUAAAAAUAGGAGAGAAAAGUCAAUUUCUCACCAUCCUAGAGAUGAUGCAGCAGAUUUUUGAAUGCCGAACGAAAAAGCUCGGCAAGGAACACCCGCAUACACUUCAUGCGAUGGUUAAUUUGGCAAGAGUGAAGACUGCACUUGGUCAGCAUAGUCAGGCAGAAGCUUUGGUGCGCCAGGGGCUGCAAAUUGCGGACCGCAAUCUCAGUAAAAAUCACACCUGGACCCUGAUGGGGAGAGGGAUACUAGCGAACAUUCUCACAUGUGAAUCAAAACUUUCCGAGGCAGAGGAUAUACUAGUGGACGUGAUUGAACAGCAGCGGUAUCUGUCAUCUUAUUGGGGUGACUUCCAUCCUGAUCGACUCCAUGCAAUGGCUGAACUUGCACAUUGUUAUAGGUUACAGAAUAGAUUUGACGAAGGCAUUCGAAUGUGCGACGAGACAAUCGAUGGGCUUCAAAUGAUCAGUAUGAAGCAGCAUCCCCUGGAAAGAAAGAUCAAGGCGCAGAGGAUUGAGAUGAUGGAAAUGAAGCGUCGUGAGAAGGACCCUAGAAAACAACAGAUAGAAUAG